AUGGCCGACAAUUCCCAGGAGGCGGCUAGCCCAAAGAACGAGCGAGUCUACGCAGAAGCAGGCGAAGAUGCAGAGACGCGCGCCGCCCGCCGCGAGCUGAAACAGUCUUCCAUAUCGGAUCCUCCUACUUCCGUGGGCGACCUCGCACCCGACUCUGUCGACGAGAGAGCGGCACGCCCUGAGACCCCAGCCGACGCUGUAUCCGAUAGCCAAGACGAGAAACUCAAGGAACAUGUGCCGUCUCCAAAGAAGAAGCGCGCACACGACCAGUUAGACGGAAGCAUAGACGUCGAGCAGAACGAUGCCAACAGCGUUACCUCCACAGAGUCCAACAGAGAUCGGGCUUCUCGAUUGGAGCCGGAAAAGAAGAGGCAUCGUGAGGAAGACUCGAAGAGAGUAGUGUCUGUAUGUGAUAUGCUAUUUGAUAACUCCUCAUCAACAGCGGACUUGCAACCUGCUACAGAAGAGACCGCAAAUUCUCCAAAGAUUCCUACAGCAAGUGUCUUACCACAGACAUCAUCCUCUGCAUUUUCAGCCUCUGGAUUCGGCAAACUUGCUACUGGAUCCUCCCCGUUUGCGAGCUUGGGCACAUCUCAGAGCAGCAUUUUUUCUUCUUCAAUUGGCUCCUCGGCUCUAUUAUCAGGCACCGGGCUGGGAGCCUCAACAUCACAGCCUGCGCCAGCUGUUACCAUGCCUAAAUUGACGUUUGGUAGUGUUAAUAGUGCUUCGCCUUUUGCCAAUCUUUCUUCCGGGUUCGGUGGAGCCAGUCUCGGCUCUCCGUUUUCUGCAGGCAAGGGAUUAGAAAGCUUUGCUUCACCUUUGGCCAAACCCCUGCAAAGUGAAAAGCCAGCAAAACCUUUCGGAGCCCCAGAAAGCGAUGCAGAGGAGGAGGAGGAGGAAGACGCUGAGCGAGAUGACGAAUCUGAGUCGAAUGAACAAGAGCGAGCACCAUCUCCGGAAAAGGAACUGGAGGAGAAGAAGAGAAUCAGACUGCACAAGGUCGAAGUUGAUGACGGCGAGGCAGGUGAAGCAACUUUACUCUCAGUCCGAGCAAAGAUGUUUUACCACGACAAAGAAGCAGGCUGGAAAGAGCGAGGUGCUGGAAUGUUGAAAAUAAAUGUCCCCCAAGCUUGUAUUGAGUUCGAUGAGAACGGCUCACCCAUUCUUGGCUCUUUUGAUGCGUCUAGCCUUGAAGGUGAUGAUGGUGAAGAUGACAAGGCACAGGUGCACAAAGUUGUCCGCCUUCUCAUGCGUCAAGAUCAGACGCAUCGUGUCAUUCUCAACACUGCAAUUCUCCCCGCAAUGAAUUUCCAAGAAAAGGCAUCCCUUAAGUCUGUAGGGAUAUUGUUCACGGCAUUUGAGGGUGAACAGGCUAAGCCAGUGAGCAUUACAAUGAGAGGAUACUCUAGACUUGUCACAUGGGACGAAAUUUCCAAUAGUAAUACCAUUCUAAUUGGGAAACCCCGUUCCAUUCCAACUAUGGAAGAUAGCGCAGUGGCGCCUUUGGCUCAGAGUGAGCAGAGAAAUAUGGAUGCACGGAAGCGCAUCCGUAAGGAAAAUAUUACUCUGGAUGAAGAUGACCAUCAGAGCCUUUCACUGGACACUCCAGAGAAAAAGCCUAGGAAUAAAAGACGCAAUACUGGUCAAAAGAAACAGGAUAUGAAAGAUGGUCCGGACAGUUCUGCGUCAUCGCCUAUACCUUGGACCGAGCCUCUGCAAGAUCUUGAAAGAGUUCAUCGAGCAUUGAAUCUGGUUUACACGUUCUGCUCUUCGCGCAAACAUGUGAUAACAACAUUUGAUACCCUUCGACCAGCUGUUGAAUCACACAUUAAAAGAACAUUAAGAAUCCAGGAUGUCGCACAAAUGGUUGCUCUCCGUCCAGAAGCUAUGAAGUUCGAAUACACCAAUGAGCUUAUGCUACAGCUCAACACUAGAGGCGCUCAGAGGGAUGAUGUGUUCAAAUCCUCUCAGGGUUCCAUGUCUCAAAUGCCGGCUCACGAUGUGUCUGUUGGCGGGUUGACUGGGAAUGAACGGCUAGGCGAUGGGGCCGACGACCAGGCCGCGAUGAAUGGACGUGAAGUAUUAUACCUAGAGUUCAUCGAUGGUGAUUUGAAGCGACAAGUGCUGGAUAGAGAAACGGGCGAACCGACGCGACCAACCCAAAGGCUAAGAAAAGAAAAGCUGAAAAUGCCCGUGUACGGCCAAAAACAAAUGAUGCAGCUCAUCGAACGACGUAACCAGAAAUUUGCUAUUGCUAUCAGCGACUUCCUCAAGAAAUGCACAGAUGAUGGCGAGGAUCCGAAAAAAGCACUCCAUGAAAGAGCCGAACAUUAUAUACCCAAAUUGGCGCCGAAAGAACCUCGGUCAAUCAUUCGUACAGCGAGUACCAUCCCCGAUUCCAUUCCUCAUGAACGACAGAGUAUUUCAGAAAUACUUCUUCAGCUCAAAGAGAGUGAGUGGUAUUCCGGCCAAAUCGUACCCGAUGGCCACAGAGUAUUCGAACCACAGAGUCCCAAGUAUGGAGGUCUCAAGUUUCUGUUAUCUCAAGAGUUAGUGAAUGCUCUCUAUAAUGCUAAACAUAUAACCCAGUUCUACACCCAUCAAGCUGAGGCUUUGAAUGGGCUACAUGAAGGGAAAAAUAUCGUCAUAUCGACUUCUACCAGCUCUGGAAAAUCGUUAAUCUAUCAGUUGCCAGUCCUACAUGCUUUGGAACGGGAUACAAACUCAAGGGCUUUGUAUAUAUUCCCUACCAAAGCACUGGCCCAGGAUCAGAAACGCAGCCUCAAGGACAUCCUGGCAUUCAUGCCAAGUCUUAACCAGGUUUUAGUGGAAACCUUUGAUGGAGAUACUCCCAUGAAUCUUCGAGAUGUUAUUCGAGAAGAGGCGAGAAUCAUUUUUACAAAUCCCGACAUGCUUCACCUCACAAUUCUCCCUCAGGAACAAAGAUGGAGAACAUUUUUGAAGAAUCUGAAAUUUGUCGUUGUUGAUGAACUGCAUUAUUAUAAUGGCCAGCUGGGAUCUCAUGUUGCCUUUAUAAUGCGGAGGUUACGACGCAUAUGUGCAGCGGUGGGAAACCGGCAUGUUCAAUUCAUUUCCUGCUCUGCCACAGUAGCCAAUCCAGAGGAGCAUUUCAAGUUGAUAUUUGGAGUAUCUAAUGUCUGUUUAAUCGACUAUGACGGAUCACCAUCAGGAAGAAAGGAAUUUCUUUGUUGGAAUACCCCUUUCAAAGAGCCAGGAGAUCCUACCAGUGGACGUGGUAACACCAAAUUCGAAUGCGCUCGUCUAUUCUGCGCUCUUCUGCUGAGGGGCGUCAGAAUCAUUGCUUUUUGCAGAGUUCGCGCGCAAUGCGAGGCAUUGACCAAUGCAAUAAAACAAGAGCUGCGCGAACUUGGUCGUCCGGAAUGUAGCAAUUUGGUAAUGGGCUAUCGGGGCGGCUAUACGGCUCGAGACCGACGAAAAAUUGAGGCAGAAAUGUUCGAAGGGAAAUUGCUUGGUAUAGUGGCAACUACGGCACUUGAGCUGGGCAUUGAUAUCGGCACACUGGAUUGCGUUCUCACUUGGGGUUUCCCCUAUACUAUUGCUAAUUUACGACAGCAGAGUGGCAGAGCUGGAAGGCGAACCAAGGAUUCGCUGUCUAUCCUAGUGGGCGACAGUUUUCCAACUGACCAGCACUACAUGAACAAUCCUGAUGAGCUGUUCUCGAGGCCAAAUUGUGAGUUACGUGUGGACUUGGACGAUAUACUUAUUCGGGAGGGGCAUAUCCAAUGCGCAGCCUACGAGAUGCCUAUUCGGCAACAUGAGGAUAUGCAGUUUUUUGGCCGGGACCUGCCUCAGAUCUGUCAAGAGCGAUUGGUGAAAGAUGAAUUGGGCUUCUUUCACUGUCACGACCGCUUUCGUCCUCACCCAGCCAAAUAUGUCGCCAUUCGAGAUGCAGAGGACGAGCACUUUGCUGUCAUCGAUAUCACAAACGGGAGGAACGAAGUCUUGGAAGAAUUAGAAGCAUCGAGGGCGACUUUUACCAUUUAUGAUGGGGCCAUAUUCCUCCACCAGGGUAACACAUAUCUUAUUCGGGAUUUCCUACCUGAGAAAAGCAUGGCUAAAGUUGAGAGGGUCAAUGUUGAGUGGAGUACCAUGGCGCGAGACUUUACUGAUAUUGACCCUGUGGAAAUUGAGGCCAUUCGCACAAUACCUAGGUCCUCUUGCCACGCCUACUAUGGAAGUAUAAAGAUUCAGCAAAACGUAUUUGGAUUCUUCAAGGUCGACAAAAGAGGGCGGAUCAUAGACGCAGUACAGGUGGACAAUCCCCCUGUCAUACGGUAUAGCAAGGGAAUGUGGCUAGACAUACCGCGACAAGUACUUGAGCUACUGCAAGAUAGACAGCUCAAUGCAGCGGCAUCCAUACAUGCGGCAGAGCAUGUAAUCAUGAGUUUGUUGCCAGCGUUCGUCAUCAGUUUACCUGGAGACGUACGAACAGAGUGCAAAGUGGCUCUUAAAGAAUUCGCAAAAAAGGAAACAAAAAGAAAGCGACCGGCUCGACUAACUUUCUACGAUGCUAAGGGUGGUGCCAAUGGAUCUGGCGUCAGCACAAAAGCAUUCGAUCAUAUUGAUCAUCUUCUGGAACGUGCUUUGAAAAGAGUCGAGGAAUGCUGUUGCCAACAAGGCUGUGUUGAAUGCGUGGCUUCCGAGAUAUGCAAGGAAUCUAACGAAGUUAUAAGCAAGGCAGGAUGCCUUGUCAUUCUUAGAAGCCUGGUGGGGGUCGAGAUUGGAACAGACAACUUACAGCCAGGGCCGGAAGAGUUGAGUUCUCUGGGAAUUGAGACUAUAACUAUCGCAACACCAAUCCCAAUGAAGAGAACAUAG